UGUAUUGUUUAAUUCCUUUCCUUUCAUAUGUUUUUGUCCACCUUGAGCUUCUUUUCUUGACUCUGUUAGUCUGUUAUGAAAUAAAUCUGUUGAACAGUAAUCUCCCUCUUCUUCCUCAUACAGCUCUCGGCAGUUUCCACUGUGCGUGCUAAAUUUUUCCAUGAUCAUCAACACUUGACUUAUCAAAUGAGGCUGUUCAGAACAAAUUCUUCAAAACUUCUUUCUAUAUCAACUCACCGCUUAUGGGUUCUUGUUUUCAUAAUCACUUUGAUUCUUCUUGCAGCUUUGUCAAGAUCAAAAUUUGGUGACAAAUUUGCAGGUUAUGGGUUUAAGUCUCAAGCACCAACAAGAGUUCCGUCAAAGAGCAUCGGCUAUCCUCCGGUUUUUGCGUAUUGGAUUUGUGGAAGUAAGGGAGAUGGGAAGAGGAUAUUGAGGCUUUUGAAGGCGAUUUAUCAUCCGAGAAAUCAGUACUUGCUGCAGCUGGAUGCGGGUUCGUCUGAGAUUGAGAGGGCGGGGUUGGCCCUGUCUGUGGAAUCUGAAAAUGUUUUUAAAACUUUUGGGAAUGUUGAUGUUGUCGGAGAAAGUUAUCCCCUUGACAAAAUGGGAUCUUCUGCUCUUUCUGCGGUUCUUCAUGCUGCUGCUUUGCUUCUCAAGAUUGGCCCUGAUUGGGACUGGUUUAUUCCAUUGAGUGCUUCUGAUUAUCCUCUUAUAACCCAAGAUGAUCUACUUCAUGCUUUCACUUUCUUGCCGAGGGAGCUCAACUUUAUUGAUUAUGCUUCUAACACUGGCUGGAAGGAGCGGCUAAAGAUUAACCAAAUUGUUAUAGAUCCCAAUUUAUAUUAUCGAGAGAAUACUCCACUUAUGUAUGCAGUUGAAAUGCGAACAACCCCAGAUGCCUUCAAGAUCUUCGGAGGUUCUCCUUGGACAAUUCUCACCAGACCUUUCCUAGAGCAUUGUGUCCAAGGAUGGGAAAAUUUCCCAAGAAAGCUGCUAAUGUUCUUGACAAAUGUACCAUUUCCGCUCGAAUCUUACUUCCACACAGUCAUAUGCAACACUCCAGAGUUCCAAAACACCACAGUAAACAAUGAUCUAAGAUUCAUGGUCUGGGACAACCCCACACUGACUGGAGAACCCCAAAUUCUAAAGCUCCCUCAAUAUGAGACAAUGGUAACAAGUGGAGCAGCCUUUGCUAGACGAUUCGAAGAAGGUGAUCUGGUGCUUGAAAAGAUCGAUCAAAUCAUCCUCAAUCGCUCUGCCAAUGGAGUUGUUCCUGGAAAAUGGUGCUUAUCAGGCCCAAGUAAGAAUAACACUGAUCAGGAAGAAUUAUGUUCAACCUGGGGAAGUAACAUAGAUGCUGUGAAGCCAAGGUCUAAUGGAAUGAAGCUAAGGGCUUUACUUUCGAAACUUGCCAUUAAUGGAAGUGUAAGAACUAGCCAAUGCUUAGAACAGUGACAGAAUUGAGAUGUUCCUGGAAUGAGAGAAAAGUGAUUAGGAAAUGUUUUGUUUGUAAAUUUCAACUUCCACAAAUUGAAAGCUCAUUUCCGUGGCGAGAAACUUGAGAUUGAAGAUCUUUGUAGCACACAUGUAGGUCUAAAUUCAUUGACAAAAUACACAAAAUACAUUUGAGAGAUUGUGAAAA